UUCUGGACCUGGCAUUUAUGCAAGCCAAACAGCAAGGGUGGUUAUAAAAUAUAGCCCCAAACCUGAUACAGAAAUAUCGUAAUAUGGUACGGCUUUGUAGCCACUUGGUACCCGCCUUUGCCAGGAUUAUCUCUAAACAAAAUGUAAAAUAUGUAUCUUGCGGAUUGUCACAGAGGGCAUUGCGCCCCUUCUCGUGUUUUGGUAAGCAGUUCCAACUUCAGAAAGGGCACCCGGCGAGUUCUGUUUUGGCAGGGAAAGUGGACCGGUUCGGAGGUGUGACUGUUCGUGACUUUCCACCUGACAUCAGUGAACAUUCUUUUAAUACCAUUCUGAAAGAUUCUCUGGCGUCAUGGAGGCAAGAAGGCAAGAUUGCUGUCUGGCUCCACGUUCCCAUCUCCCUCAGUGGGCUGGCGGCAGUGGCAGCCACACAUGGGUUCACCUUCCACCACGCCAGGCAGGACCAGGCCGUGCUGUGCCUGUGGAUGGGAGAGGGGGAGAGCCGUCUGCCUGGCUUUGCCACCCACCAAAUCGGAGUUGCAGGUGCUGUUGUGGAUGAGUCCAGUGGGAAGGUCUUAGUUGUGCAGGACAAGAAUAAGACAAAAAAUGCUUGGAAGUUUCCAGGGGGGCUUUCAGAUCCAGGGGAAAACAUUGGUGCCACAGCAGUGCGGGAAGUUUUCGAGGAAACGGGCGUGCGCUCGGAGUUCCGCUCCCUCCUGAGCAUCCGGCAGCAGCACAACCACCCGGGCGCGUUCGGCAUGUCCGACAUGUACAUCAUCUGCCGCCUGAGCCCUGUCACCUACGACAUCAACUUCUGCACGCAGGAGUGCCUGCGCUGCGAGUGGCUGGACCUGACGGAGCUGGCACAGACCAGCGAAACCACCCCAAUCACCAGCCGGCUGGCCAAGCUGCUCCUGCUCGGUCUGCAGCACGGCUUCCACAACGUUGACCUCACCAUGGAGGAGCUGCCCGCCGUCUACUCAGGACUCUUCUACCAGCUGUACCACCGCCGCUUACCAGACUAGAGCUCUGCCUAAGCAGGCCUGAUGGUAAAGCGGCCCACAUCAUGGCAAAACCACACCACACCACAUCACACCAGGCAGCAACAACAUUACCAGCACUUUGAACAGCUGACGCGAGCCUGUGGUUGGAGUUCUUGCCAUCAUGCUGCCGGUGUGGGCACAGACGAUGAUGAACUGUUACUAUUUUGAAAGAUGGGGUGUUACGGGUGGCAAUAAUAAUAUUCACGGUACACUGGACAGGAUAUUGCUUUCAUACUGAACCACAUGCCUUCUGGCCUGUGGGAAUUCUACACAUCAGUCAAAGGUUAAUUAUGAGGGAGGCUAUUUAAUGAGCUGGGUCUUGACACCAGCGCUGGGGGAUGAUCUGAUCUGAUCUUAUUUAUGAUGUUAUUAGGAUGCCGAGGUGUAUUUCGGCUGGACGGCAAAAGCGCAAUUGGCUUAGCUGGCAUUAGAACUCUAGCGUAAAGUAGGACCUAGCUGUGAAGUCUGUGUGUUUAUUCACUCUUGAAUAAAGCUGGACCCUUGUGAACUAUAAA